AUGUCGCAUCUCUCAGCUACUUACAAGACUGCCAACGUCUCCGACACAACACUCGUUGACACAACCAAGGCUUCCACAAGUUCAAAGCCUGGUGCGUUCCGACCAUCCCUCAUCGAGUAUCAACAUCUAACAAACCCAGGUCUUGAAACAUCGUACAAGCCGACCCUCAAGGAGAAGAUCCAGAGGAAGUUAUCCGGAUCUGUUGAUCCCAAGAAGAAGCCCGCCGACCCCUACAAGUCUUGGGAGGCUCGAUCAGCUCUACUCUAA